AUGGAAAAGCUUUUACAAUGGUCUAUUGCCCAACAAUCUGGGGAUAAGGAAGCAAUCGAGAAGAUUGGAGCACCUGACCCUGAAGUACUCAGACAAGUCUUCGGUGGGGGACCCGAUGAACCUACUUUGAUGAAGCAGGCUAUUCAAGUUGUAGAGAACCCUGAAGCCACCGUUGAAAAUAAGGAAAUUGCAUUUGAGAACUUCGAAAUGCUUAUUGAAAAUCUUGAUAACGCCAACAACAUUGAAAAUAUUAAGCUCUGGCCCUCUAUAAUAAAUCAAUUGGAUGCUGAAAUAGCGUCAUCUCAUGACUUGAGAGUGCUAGCUGCCUCGAUUAUCGGAAUAGCGGUUCAGAACAAUCCAACCUCACAAGAAGCUUUCUUAAAUUACCCUCAAGGUUUACAGAAAUUGAUCGAAAUAACAUCUCCAGGCUCUGAGGAACCUAAGGACUUGUACCUGAAGUCCUUGUUUGCUAUCUCUUCGCUUAUCAGGAACAAUGUGAGAGCCUAUGAGGAGUUCAACAAGCUAAACGGUUGGGAAAUUGUGAAAUCUGUGGCAGAAACGAAGGAUUCUAAAGUUAAACUUAGACUCUUGUCUUUGCUCUCAUCUAUAAUCUCUACUUCCGAUGAAAAGGAAGGACUCAGUGAAGAAAGACAGGCCAAUUUGCACAAGUACGGUAUUGUAGAUCAAUUAGUUACCAUACUAAACAAUGAUACACAUGCUGGCUGUAUCGAUAAAGUAUUGAAUAUCAUUUCGACCUUAUACUUGUAUAAGUUCAAGUUUGCUACCGAAGAGAUUGAAAAAUUGACUUCAGGAUUCAAGAACAUCGAGUCUUUGAAGCCCGAAUUAAGUGAUGAAGAGUACGCAAAUGCAAAGAAGGUUAUCCAAUAA